CGUCACCACGGCGCGACAGCAGUCUCGUUACGCAGUUGUCUGAGUGGUUAGGUUUCUUGUGUUUUUGGUUUUUAGUUGAAUAAAACCCGGUUAUAACGGACCAUCUGAGGACCAGCAGAGACCGGCAGAGUCCAGGACCCGGACCAGUCCUGUGUGACCACGAUCAGACCGCAGUCCGGACCCGUGGCGCACUUUGUUUGGCUCUACAGCUAACUGUUAGCAUCGUUAGCUCCGAUUAGCGGUGUGUGUUUGAUUUGUGUCUCACCGAUGGAGUAUCCCGGUGGAGGAGGGGGUGCGGUGCUGGGCGGCGGUAACGUCCCGGCCUUCCUCACCAAACUGUGGACCCUGGUGGAGGACCCGGACACCGACCCGCUCAUCUGCUGGAGCCCGAGUGGAACCAGUUUCCAUGUGUUCGAUCAGGGUCGAUUCUCUAAAGAAGUUUUACCAAAGUUCUUCAAACACAACAACAUGGCGAGUUUCAUCCGACAGCUCAACAUGUACGGGUUCCGUAAGGUGGUCCACAUUGAACAGGGGGGUUUGGUGAAACCAGAACGAGACGACACCGAGUUCCAACAUCCGUUCUUCAUCAGAGGACAAGAACACCUGCUGGAGAACAUCAAACGCAAGGUCACCAAUGUGUCAUCUGUGCGUCAGGAGGAAGUGAAGAUGUCAGCAGAGGAUGUGAACAAGAUCCUGAGCGACGUCCAGCUGAUGAAGGGGAAACAGGAAACCAUUGACUCGAGGAUUAUCACCAUGAAACAUGAGAAUGAGGCUCUGUGGAGAGAAGUGGCCAGUCUGAGACAGAAACACGCUCAGCAACAGAAGGUCGUGAACAAGUUGAUCCAGUUCCUGGUGUCUCUGGUUCAGUCCAACAGGAUGUUGGGAGUCAAGAGAAAACUACCUCUGAUGCUCAAUGACUCUAGCUCCGCCCACUCCAUGCCCAAAUACAGUCGACCGCUCUCAUUGGAGCACAUGCAGGCUGCAGCCAGUCUGUUCUCCGCAGACGCCACGCUGACCUCUGGACCAAUCAUCUCUGACAUCACAGACCUGACCACGCCCCCAGCUGACAGUGUCAUCAGUGAUUGGACGGAUGCAGGAGACAGUCAAUCAGUGAAUGUCAAAGAGGAGCCCUCCAGUCCUGAGGUGGAGGUGUGUCCUGUUCUGGAGGGUGUGACUACACCUGUGGACACGCCUCUCUCCCCCACCACUUUCAUCAACUCCAUCCUACAGGACAACGAGAUGCCAAUUAACACCUCCACCCCCACCACACCUCCAACAGUAAGUCCCAUUGUUGUGAUAAGCUCUGCCUCCACCGGGCCACUCCCUGCAGCUCCAGCCAGCCAAUCACCUGCGUCCGUUCCCACCUCUAACUCCGCUCCAACCAAACCUCCGCAGAAAUGUCAGACCGUUGCCUGUAUCGACAGACCCCGCCCCCCUCCCUCUGCAGGUGGAUUCUCACCUGACGUUUGGCGCCUCGUGUCAACACGAGCUGACAAGUCUGAACUGUCCAAUCAUGUCGACAGUAUCGACAGCAGUCUAGAAAACCUGCAGAGCAUCCUGAACACGCAAGCCUUCACCUUUGACACGUCUCCGCUCAUGGAGUUCUUCAGUACCUCCUGUCCCUCCGGAGACUUUGACCUUGACAGUCUGGACUCUCUGCUGUCUGAAGACGUUCCCAAUGGAGAUGACGGAAACACAAAUGCCACCAACGCAGGGAAGCAGCUGGUGCAGUAUACUGCCACACCUGCGCUGAUGUCCGAACCAGCAGGCUCAAGUGAGGGCGGGGCCGACCUGCCCUCCCUGCUGGAGCUGGAGGCGGAGCCUUUCUUCGGCUCUGAACUGCCCACUGACGACCCAGACGCCGCUCUGCUAAGCCACACCCACCUGAACUCUGAUCUCUGACAUCACCGGGAGGGGGCGGGGUGUGGAAUGUGACUGAGCAGUGACUCAACAGCAGCAAUAGAUGAUGAUGAUGAUGAAGUCAACCGAUCAGCUGUAGAUCAAUCAGUAGAUCAAAAGUCAUGUUUUUAUUCUUCUCUUUCUGUUUUUAUUUUAUUAGCUCUACGUUCUUCUUCGCUGCUUUGAGUAAACGCUGUCCUCAGAGAGCCAGGCUGUGACGUCACAGCCCAGGUGUUCUCUGCGCUGUGCAUGCUGACGUCUUUGAUUUCAUGUGUAAAAUAUAAACAAAUAAACAAACAUAUUUUUGGAGAGUUUAUUAUUGAUGAGUCGUGUUGACUCAGCAGUGACCCCUGUUACCAUGGAGAUGACCUGGAAGCAGACAGACAUGUAUUGAUCAGCUGUGAUGUCAUUGAUCCAUAUUAAACACAGUUUGUUUCUUAGUGUC